CCAACAGGUAUUGCAUUCGAGAGCCGCGACCCACCCCUCACGCUACGCUUCCAAGAUAAAAACCAGAUCAUAUAUUCUCUACACUUCUUCAAUCCCGCUGGGCCCGAGAUUCUUGGACGUUAACAGAGUCAAAGACUGAUCAUGGGAGGCGGAGGAGUUUUGAGGACCGCGGCGAAGGUGGCCGGCGUCGGCGUGGCUUCCGCCGGCCGAAGGGGUGUGCCCGUUGCACAGCCUGCGGAGCAGUCGAUUCGGAAAGCCUCGAGACCCGUGUCGGCCGUCUUGUCUUCGGAGGGAGCGAAAUCUGGUGAGGUUGCGCCGCUGCACACGGCGGCGUCCUGGGACUCGGACGAAUGGGAUUUCGCCCAUGAUGAUGGGCUUGUCAUGGAGGCCGGCGAGCCUACGCCCAGGGUGGUGUUUGGCGAGGUCCCCAGCUUUCAGGAGGCCAAGGCUGCUACCUCGGAAUUGAAAAACGCCAUUGAUGAGGUAUACCUGUCUUCUAAUACUUCUGUGUGCGAGGGUUCUACUGGUAGUGAAGUGUCUGUUCAGUCCCCUCUUCUUUGUGGGACGGAGAUCAAAUCUUGCGUGAUGGAGGCUAUUUCAACCCCCUCAGCGCCGAAGCAUGCCCUUGACGCCUUCAAAUUUCUGAGCACAAAUUCUGAGGCCCAGACCAUUGUAGCGUCCGUUGCUUCUGAUCCGAACGUGUGGAAUGCAAUCAUGAAAAAUCCUUCGCUGAAGGACUUCCUCCAAUCUCAACAAACAGCUGCAGGGGUUGAAUCAGAGGAAACUCCUGAAAGUUUGGUGAAGUUACACCACUCCGACCGAAAGGGCAAUCAAGGAAAUGGGUUUGUGGAUUUCAUGGAGCUAAUGCAGAAUUUUAAGUUGACAGUGACAGAAAUGGUCAGCAAUGUGUCGAAAUACCUUAACAACGUAUUUGGGUUAUCAGAAGCAGAGAAAACGUCGUCUGAUGCUAAUGGAAACACCAGAGCAAACUACAUGGAUUCUUUUGCUAUGGGAGGUACUCUUAUGGGGUUGGCAGUACUGGUGAUUAUGGUGGUUCUGCUCAAGCGGGCUUAAACUCUUGGAACUAUCCUUAAUUAGCUGAGCCUUCUAAUAAACUGACACACUCUAAUAGUAGACUAAUGAAUGUGCAGCCUGUGUAUCCUUAUCGUUUAAGUUUUGAUGAUAUCAAGUUCUCCAACAAGCUCAUGUGGAUAUUAUUCCCGUCGGUUUAGACUUGGUUAUAGUUAUGUAAGAUGUUGCAGUUAAAUACAAAAAAAAUUCAAGUGUCAGAAA